CAUAACCCAACUUUUUAACCUCACAUGUCCAGAAAAUUUUGAACACAGGUUUAGUAUUUUCUGAACAGUUAUUAUGGGAAAUAAACAAGAAAUUAAACACGUUAAAAGAAAGAACCAAGAAGAAACGAAUUCUACAGAAAAAGAGGCAGAAUCUACCGAAGAUGAAGAACUGCUUAAUGUUAUCAAUGGCGAAGAUGAAGAUAGCUCGGAUGAUGAUGAAUUGGAAAUAAGUGGUUCAGAAAACGAAGAGUCCGAUGAAGAAGAUGAAGAGUCCGAAGAUAAUGAAGAGGUCGAAAGUGAAGAGGAAUCUGAAAACACCGAUGACGACCAAGAAUCGGAAGAAAGUGAUAAUGAAGAGAAUAGCGAAGUUAAAGCAGAAAAUAGCAAAAAUUUAGGUGAUUCAGCGGGUGCAAAUAUCAAUGAAAAAGUUGCCAAUAACGAAUAUGAAGACUUCGAUAGUUCAGAUGAAGAAGACAUCAGAAAUACUGUAGGAAAUAUACCAAUGAAUUGGUACAAUGAAUACAAACAUUUAGGAUACGAUUGGGAUGGUAAUCAAAUUCUUAAGCCAGAAACUGGAGAUAAUUUAGAUGCAUUCCUCAAACGAAUGGAAGAUCCAGACUUCUGGAGAACAGUAAAAGAUCCCCAAACUGGUCAAGACGUAGUAUUAAGUGAUGAAGAUAUUAACUUAAUUAAAAGAAUAACUGCACAAAAGAUCCCCGAUGAAACUUUUGAUGAAUAUGCACCCUGGAUAGAAUGGUUUACAAGCGAAGUGGAACAGAUGCCAUUACGUAAAUUUCCCGAACACAAAAGAUCAUUUUUACCCAGCAAACACGAAGCUAGGAAAGUCUCAAAGUUGGUUCAUGCUCUGAAAAUGGGCUGGAUAAAAACCAGGGCUGAGGCGGCGAAGCUCCGAGCUAAGAAAGAACCCCAAUUUUACAUGUUGUGGCAAACCGAUGACCAAGCAGAGGAUAUGAGAAGGAUUUACAAGCACAUAUCGGCACCAAAAAGAAUACUGCCUGGUCACGCUGAAAGCUACAACCCACCUCCAGAAUAUCUCUUCGAUGAGAAAGAGUUAAAGCAGUGGAACAAAUUAAAAAGCGCCCCUUGGAAGAGGAAACUGCAUUUUGUACCACAGAAAUUUGAUUCGCUCCGGAAAGUGCCCGCUUAUCCGCGUUUCAUCAAAGAAAGAUUUCUGCGCUGUUUGGAUCUUUACUUAUGUCCCAGAGCCAUAAAAAUGAAGCUAAACAUCGAACCGGAAUCUCUAGUACCUAAACUACCGAGCCCCAAGGACUUGCAACCGUUCCCUACAAUUUUAGCUAUUGAAUAUAAGGGUGAGAAAUGUCAAAUUUUCUUUUUUCUUCUUCAAAAAAUAAAUUGGUUUUAUAAUUUAGGUCACACUGACAUGGUGAGGUCUAUAAGUAUAGAUAAAACUGGUCAAUACUUGCUGAGCGGAUCAGACGAUUGUACCAUUAAGAUAUGGGAAGUAAAUACAGGUCGUUGUUUGAAGACUAUAAAAACGAAUAGUGUUGUAAGAUCAGUGGAAUGGUGUCCAAACGCAGCUCUAUCUUUAGUACUAGUAGCUACAGGACAAGAAGUUUUGCUUAUUAAUCCCAAUGUUGGCGAUUAUUUAGUGAACAGUAAAACCGAUACAGUGUUACAAGACGUUCCAAAAUCCGACGUUGUUACACCAGAGAGAGUCCGAGCGACUGUCCAGUGGAUCGAACCGGACGAAGAGCAAUACAAGAACGGCGUCCGUUUAAUAUUGAAGCACUUUAAGGACGUUUGUCAGGUGACAUGGCACGCUAAAGGCGAUUAUUUCGCAACGGUCAUGCCGGACGGGCAGAAUCGUUCUGUGCUCAUCUCGCAGAUAUCGAGAAGGAGAUCGCAGUUACCGUUCACAAAAUCAAAGGGUUUGGUACAAUGCGUACUGUUCCAUCCCACCAAACCGUUUCUGUUCGUGGCUACGCAACGGCACGUCAGGAUUUACGAUUUGGUCAAACAGGCCUUGAUGAAGAAGCUCCUGACGAAUUCGAAGUGGAUUUCGUGCAUGGCGAUACAUCCGUUGGGCGAUAAUUUGGUGGUCGGGACGUACGACAGGAAAAUGCUGUGGUUCGAUUUGGAUUUGAGCACGAAACCUUAUCAAACGCUACGUUUGCACGGUACAGCUGUUAGAGGCGUCGCUUUCCACAAACAUUAUCCGCUGUUCGCUUCCGGGUCGGAUGACAGAAGCCUCAUCGUUUCGCACGGGAUGGUUUACAAUGAUUUGUUGCAGAAUCCUUUGAUUGUGCCUUUAAAGCGUUUGCAAAAUCACGAGGGUUUCAAUGAUUUUGGGAUUUUUGACGUCGUCUUUCAUCCAUUGCAGCCUUGGGUGUUUUCUUCAGGUGCUGACGCAACCAUAAAGUUGUAUAAUAAUUAAUUUUUUUUUAUUAAGGAAUAAAAGUUUCUUUUCUUCAUUUUCUCUUAUAAAA